CCCUCUACAAAGACGCCAAACAACGCUUGUUCGUUUAGCCGCCCGCCGCCACCCGCCAUAAUAAUUUCUUUGGACAUAGCGAUAGCGUACGCCGCUGUAAACAAUUUAUUUUUCCUAAUUAGAUAAUAAUAACUGACUGAAAUGUCUGAUGAUGGAUCAACAACUGUUGAGAAGAAGGGGCGUGGAAGACCUAAACCAAAUGGAACACAAGCUGAAGCUAAAGGAGAUACUAAAAAGCGAGGCCGAACACCAGCACCUGCUAAGGUCAAGGAAUCUACGAAGUCAUCUGAUGAUGAGCAGGCACCGGUAGCGAAAAGAGGGCGAGGCAGACCUAAGGGUUCUAAGAAAAAAGCUGCAUCCAAGGCAAAGAGCGCACCUGUUGAAGGCAGAGGCCGCGGCAGACCGCGCAAGGACGCCGCGCCCCCCAAGAAGGAUGCAGCCUCUUCGGACGAAGAACAAGAGGAUGAUGAAGAAGAUGAAGGCUCUGACCAGUAAAAUGUGUUUUAUUUUCUGACACAUUACACACAUUUUAGUGUAAUUUGUUUGUCAUGAUAACUCUUACUGUUUUUAUAACCACAUUAAUUUGGUUGUAGAUGUUUACAUUUAUGUAAAAGUUGGCACGAAGCAGUUUAAACACUGAUAAUAACACAAGGGGUUAUCUUGACACUACAAAAUUCUCAACCAAGAUUGUCUAUCCAAACUUUACUCAUGUGAGAAAAGAUUCAGAAUAUAAUACACAACAUACCUAGUUAUAUAAGAAGAAGUGUAUCUGUGUGAUUUAAUGGCAUUUAUUUGAUGUUACAAAAGUUCUUGCAUGAUUAAAUGUUGGUCAGACUUAGCUCUCCCUAGACACGUACAACUUUAAGAAAUAAUUUGUAAGAUUCUUUUUUGUAGAUUUAUUCUAAUAGGUAUUUUGUAAUCUCUUGAUUUAUACUAAGAAUUGAUUCAAUACAGUAUGUAGAUUUACAAUUUUUGACGUUCAGUCAAGUAUUAUUUUCUAUAAUAAAUAUUUUCAUUUUGAUUUAUUAUAUUAUUUUUAUUCCCUUACUCGUAAGUAUCAUAAGGUCAAAAAUUUUACAUUUGGAAAUGGUUGAAUCAUUAUUGUAAAUUUGAAGAUCUAGAAAAUUGCUGUUCC